UAAUGGCUACACAUAACCCGGAAAUGGAGUUACGUCUGUAAACUCUACAUGUGUUGGUUGUGGCUGUGCGGUUAUUGUACAUAUUCAGUCAAAUAGCUGAUAGAUGACCUAACUGGAUUUACAAUAAAGGAAUAUUUCCAUCAUUGCUGUGCUGAUCACGGGCUGAUUAUUAAUAAUAUUAGAAACUUGCUGGAAAUGUGCAUAUUAUCCUCUGCAAGCCAACAAGAAAACUUUCAGACUGUCAGUCAGUGAAGUGCAAGAUGAAAUGGCAAAUUUGAGAGCUAAAUCUUGAAUCAUUAUUAUUACUGACAGUCUCCUCCGAACCAUUAGACGCCCUUGUGUUAAUUCGGGAGCUGGGAUGUUGCGGCGUCCCAAGCCCACGGACAGCGAGGCGGAUCUGCUCCGGGAGCAGCAGGAGCUUCUGGCGGCGGGCGGUCAGUCCACUGUCGCUGUAGCGAAGCGCCCUGAUAAACGCAGAGGAGACGCUGCCGCAGCUGAUGCACAGGAUCAGAGAAACCAGAGAGAUGUUGUGACUAUAGAAGAUCUUCCAGAUGAGCUUCCCACCUUGACCCCUGCACCUCCAAAGAAGUCACGCUUCAAACAGGAGCGGGUGCGUUUUGAAGAUGAGGACCCAGGAGAGCGACUGGACAGACAUGAUACCCACAUCAGUGCUGUCCUAUCUAGAAUCAUUGAGAGGGACACGAGUUCAGUACCUGUGUCGCUCCCGUGUAUCACAGGCACUGCUUUCCCUAAAGUCUUACAUAGAUCUGUAAUGGAAAGUGAGGGGCAGGAAAGAGCUCCUAAAGGAAGAAAAAGUAUUUUUGCACGUCAAAUUGCAGCACAAAGGGCUAAGAAUGAAGAUGUUCAGUCUUUAAAUUGUUCAGAGACUAGAGAUCAGUCUUCUGCAUCUAGACAUGUGAGCUUCUCACCAUUGGAGAAUAUGGAGACUGAGCGACCUGAGUCAAAUGUAAUGGACCGUGUUGGUGGCCCUGUGCUACUUACGGGUCAAGGACUUGGGAUUGCAAAUAGUGCCAUGGAGACAAUGAAAAUCCAUGAGGAGAAUCAGACAAAGUUGCAGGCGAUGUCCCAGAGUGAGAUCCUGGAGGAACAGAGGAAGCUGCUGGCACAGCUUGGCCCCAGAUUAGUAGACUUCGUGAGAUCUCGAAAGGCACAGAGAACCCCAGGAUCUGAGUCAGCGUCUGGUCCUGUGCAAAGAGAAGACUUCCUGAAUGAACCUCUGCCUAACAGCACGUCUCCACAGUUAGACCACACAAUAAAAGCUCAGGAGUCUCAGAGGGAUACCAUGGAGGAUGAUGAGGAAGAUGAGAAUCAGCUUGUAGCUCAACCUCCAAUUACAGAGGAGGAGCUGCCAAUCAAGCCUCAAAAGGAAUGGCUUCACAUGGACAAGGUGGAGCCAGAAAAACUGGAAUGGACAAGAGACCUUCCUGCACCCAGGGAGCAGAGCACCAAAAAGGCUAUGCAAGCACGUUUUGAUUUUGCUGGCACUCUCAUCCCACCCACCAAAGACUUGCCCACCCAUUUAGGCUUGCAUCACCAUGGAGAGGAGCCAGAGCUGGCUGGCUACUCGCUGCAAGAGCUUUUCCUCCUCUCUCGCAGUCAGCUGAACCAACAGCGCAAUCUGGCCGUCAGCACUCUCGCUAAUGUCCUGGCCAAAGCCCGGGCUGGUGAGUACAUUUCCUCUCUGAAGGGCAGCGUCUUGUCUUCUUUAUUGGAUGCUGGAGUCCUCUUUCUUCUGCGGUUCUCCCUGGAUGACAGUGUGGAGGGUGUGAUGUCAGCAGCAGUGCAUGCCUUGCGAGCUCUGCUGGUUUCAUCUGACGAUGAAGAGUGCUUGGAUAAUGCUUUCUCAUGGCUGCUCGGGAUGGCAACCUUUCCUUUACUGCCCACUGCUCAGGAGGAUGAGGACGAGGAUGAUGAAGGCUUGGAUGAGACCAUGAAAGAAACUACUAAAGAGAAAGAAGAAAAAAAAACAGAUCAUGAUGUUGCUAGGCAGGAUGUUGUCAAGGGCUUUCUGAAGAUGCAGGGUCUUACUCGGCUGCGGUAUAUCCUGGAGGUGGUGCGGCCCUCACCCCGGGUUGUUCUUGAUAUUCUGGAGGUUCUGAUCCGAAUCGCUCGCCACUCGACUGCUGCAGCAACACAGAUCCUGGACUGUCCGCGGCUAAUGAACACUGUGAUUGCUGAGUUUCUUCCCUGCUCCUGGGCUCCUGCCACCUCACAGGCUCCAUCCUCUUUGUAUAGGCUCCCUGUUGCCUUGGCGAUGAAGCUGCUUCGUGUUUUAGCAAGUGCUGGGAGGCAUGCUUGUGCUAGAAUACUUAACUCUCUAGGAGGGAAGGAGGUUUUGUCACGUUUCGUGGUUGUGGAACCAUCAGAGAUGUUGCUGGAAGCAGGUGAAGCUCUUCGCUGCAGUACAGAGGCGCUGAGGCUGUUCGCAGUGGCUGCCAGCUACGGACAGGCUUGCAAUCUGUACACGGACCUGUAUCCUGUGCUGGUGAAGAGGUUGCAGGCUGGGAACUGGCGGUGUGCUUCAUCUGAGGCUGUGCUGCUUCUGGAGCUGGACCCAAUCAGAGCGCUGCUCGUGCUGCUGACUCAGGUCACUCAAACGGCAGGAUGCCAUGAAGAACUGCAGAGAGACCUAGUCAGUGCUCAGGGUGCAGAGUGUCCUCCACCUCCUCCGGUUGUGUGGAGUCAUGUGAUGGGUCUCCAGCCCACUGUCAUUAGCUCUCUCAAGGGCUGUGUGAGAGCACUCGAUGGCCCAGCUCAAAUGUCAAGUGCUCUGAUUCUGCUUCCAUCCUACCUGCUCUACAUGGAGGCGUAUUAUUCACAGCUCUGUGUACAAAGCUCUUUCCAGCCGGUGCAGUGUCUACAGGAACUCGAGUCACUAACUUCAUACGUGCUUCUGCCACUGAUAUCCCAUCAGGCCAUGCAAAAUAUAACCAGCUGCUUUAGGUCCAGCUCUAUGAUCUGUAACCCCGGGCUGAGUGUGGCUGGUGGGGAGGUCGUCGCCAGUCUGCCAGGUCUGGGCUGCUCGAGGAUGAAGACCUCCAGCACAAUAGCAGGGCUCAACUCCCCUCUGUCUCUCCCUACUGCCCUCCUGUACCUGCUGAACACCAUCACCUCCAUCCACAAAGGCUUAAUAAAGAAGUUCAGUCCUCUCAUCAUAUGUUAUCUUUACUUUGUUCCAGUUGAUCCAGAGGUGGCCAAACACGCCACCUUGUUCCACCAAGUAUCGCUGGCUCUAGUGUCCUGGCUGCUGCCUGGCAGUGAAUAUCAGGCACAUGAACUCAUGUCUGUCAUGACCUUCAGUCACAGCCUCCUUCCGGAGGGUGUCUGUGGUGAACCAGAGAUGGCUGCAUUGGCUGAGCUGCAGCUUAAAGACAGGACUUCACCUGCCGUUGGUGCUCUGCUGCGUGACGCACUCCAUCAUUUGCCCUCCAUCCGCGGUUGUUACCUCACCCACCUUGCACACAUGGAAUCCUCUGUCCUUUCAUCCCGUGACCGGUACCUCGGCCGAACGCCUUUUGUCAGCUCUCAUCUCCUACCUGAACUUACCGGCCCCUCCCUGCCUUCUGAUUGGCCCUUCUUACCGCUCAUAAGUCUCUAUGAGCGAAUGGGGCUGUCAGCUGGUGGUGGGCAUCAGGUUGAGUCUCUUCCAGCAGGGUCAGUGCAGUCAGUCACUAACUGCCUUCAAUGGCUGCUUGUUCUGGAGAGUUGGAGAGAGCAGGCGCUCACGGCGGUGCCACCAGUGGCAAAGUUAGCCCGGCUAGCCUGUGUCUUUCUGUGCUCCAGUGACCUCUUCCUGGAGCGGCCUGUGCAAGAGCUUACUUGGGCGCUGUUUCGCAGGCUAACACGGCCAGCUCAGCUUGAGGCGCUGGAUCUGGGCUCACCUCCACCAGGCUUGGCUUCCUUUCAUGACCUAUACUCAGCUCUGCUGGCGCAGUAUGAGGCUGUGUCAUUCGGUGACCCACUCUUUGGCUGCUUCAUGCUUUUGCCUCUACAGCGGUGCUACAGUGUCACCAUGAGGCUGGCUGUGUUUGGAGAACAUGUGGGAAUGUUGCGAUCGCUGGGGGUCCCGCUACAGCAGCUGCCUAUUCCACUGGAGAAGUUCACGUCCCCCAUGGAAGACUCCCUUCCUCUGUUGCGGCUGUAUUUUCGAGCACUAGUAACUGGAGCUCUGAAGAGGAGCUGGUGUCCUGUACUUUAUGUGGUGGCUGUUGCCCACCUGAAUGCGUUUAUCUUCUCCCAGGAUGCAGUGGCAGAGGAGGUGGAGGCGGCAUGUCGGAGCCUGCUGAGAAAGACCUACUACCUGACAGAUGAGGUGUUAAAGAACCACCUGCUUCUUUUUCAGCUGCCCCAGCAGAAUUCAGAGCUGGGCUUCAGCACCUAUGAACAGCUGCCCCCGAUUCGUGCCCGCAGGUUGGAAAGCAUUGUGGGAACAGAAGUAAAGGGUGGAGAAAGGUGAAAAAGAAAAAAUCCUGUCCCACAGUUUUGUAUGUGAUUUGUAAACUACCAUCCUCAUAUCUGUGGUUUUUGGCCUGUUAGGAACAAGUGGCUACCAUAGACUUUAAAAUAAAUAUUUAGUUUCUUGUG